AGCAGUCUUGUCAUGGCGACGAGGUUGCAGGUCAUUGCGCGUAGUGAAAUGCUGUGAGUUUUGUCGUCUUCCUACCCUCUUUGCUUCUCAAGAGAAUGAUAAAAAACCGGCUUAACAGUGUCAGAACGAAAGAUAAAGAUGGAUACACGAGAAGAGCUGGAUGCAUCUGUUUUAAAAGCGAACAGGAAGAGGAGGUGCUUUUAGUUUCGAGCUGUCGACAUCCUGGUAGAUGGGUUGUUCCUUCUGGAGGAGUCGAACCUGGUGAAGACUCAAAAGAAGCUGCUAUUCGUGAAGUUGUAGAAGAAGCUGGAGUUCGUGGGACACUUGGUCGUUUUGUUGGAGAAUUCCAGAACGAUGUAAACCAAACUCGAACGGCAGUUUACGUCUUAAUUGUCACAGAAAUGCUCGAUAAAUGGGAAGAAGAUCGCACCAGGUCUUGGUUUCCCAUAGAGACUGCUAAAGAAAUGUUAAAUGCCAAACCAUAUCAGCAACAAUACCUGACUAAAGCUUGUAAAGACAGGUGACAAAGCAAGCCCAACCAGAAGAGUUGGUUUGUAUUGUCUUAAUGUUGAAGCAGUGAAGAGUGUCUUCGUGAAAUUAUGUAGUCAAAGUUUUGAUUUUUUUGUAUCUUACUUUUCAAGCUUGUGCCUCUGAGAGGAGUGAUGAAUAUAUUUAUCUCCUUGAUUAUGUUGAAUUGCUAAUAAAACUGUAUAAUUACAGUUAAUUAGUUCCAUGGUUACCUAUAACCGUUUAACUCCCAUGAUUUUCCUGUACAACAUCUAUACAAUAUCAUCAAACAGAUGAGUGUCAAAGAGAAAGAAAAAUAUGAAGAGGACGAUUAAUUGAUGCAAUACCAAAUUCUCUUAAGUAUCAUCUUCAAAAUUGUACUACAAACAGUAAGGAGAAUUGCUAUUUAGAUCUUGGGAGCAAAGGGGUUAAUAGAAAUCAGAUCUAGCUGGUCUCGACACUAACUUUUCAACUUACUAGCCAAGCGGCUAGUGACAACCUAGAUGUUACACCAAUUUCAGUUUGUUUACUAGCCAAACUGGCCAGUGGAAAUCAAUAACCACCAGCCAAAACGGAUUUUUCUACUAGUCUGUGGCUACUGUUAGUGUCAAGCCCUGUCUUAGGAAUGAAAGGGUUGAGAGCAACUAAUGAAGUGUUUUAGUCAUUUAAAGAAAUUAGUAAAAUGUAUCCAAAGGAAAAAAAUAUCUUUUAUCUCACGGACAAACAUACAGAUGCAGAGUAACCUCCAAAAAGAGAAAUUAUCAGUAUGCAUUGUUAGAUAAUUAUAUUUUCAUACCUUAAGACAAUACAAUUUUCUUUUGAUUGGUUUUUUAGAUAAAUGGCUUGUUCAUUCAAGCUUUGAUGAAUAGUAGUUUCUAGUACUCUAUGAUGUUUGAAUUUUGUUUAGUAGUUUGUUUGUAUGUGUAAUUUACUCAAAACUCUUCAAGUCCCAAGAGUUACCAACUAGCAUGUUAAGUUUGGUAAUACAAUACUUAUGCAUAGUCCAGAAAAGUGGUUGUGUGAAUAAGUAACAAACAUAAAGGGGUAAUGGUCUUUUCACCCUUAACCCCAAAGAGCGACCAGCAUGUAAGUUCUCCUUACAGUUUCAACCCUCAAACAUUAAGUUCAUGAGAGUAAAGGAAACAAUUACCAACUAUACAGGGACUGCGGAGGGGGAAUGGCUGCGGCUCCACUUUUUGUGCUAAAAGAAAAAUAAUUAGGAAUUUCGGUAUCUUCACUAAUGCCAACCUUUAAAGAGCAAUAACUACAGUAUGCAAAGUCACGCGACAGAAACAAAUUAAAUACUAUGAUUUUAUUCCUUUUUUGAUUUUCAAUAUGAAAAAAUUAUUUUCAAUUGUCAGCCCUCCCACUUUACACCUUGCUCUGCGGUCUCUGCUAUAGACUGAAGCUCUUGAUUGUUAAACAAAUUCUCCUUGUCAGAACUUUAGGUAAUGUAUGGAGAAUUUGCAUGCUGAUGCGAGAGUGUAAAGGUUAAAUUUUCUAAAUGAACAUUUGUGCUUAUUGGGAAUGGAGGGGUAAGCUUGGUUCCAGAUGCGCCUGAAACACAGUGUGUAUCCAGUUCUUUUUCUUCUAUAAUGCACUGUAGCUGACAAGGGAUAUCAUAGUGCCUAAGAUGUAUCAGGAUUUUUUCCUAUCCAAAAGAAGUAAAAUGUAAUAUAAUGAUC